CUGCCCGCCGAAAAUAGACGUGGACGCAGCCAGCUGACGCGUAAGAGUGAAAAUAAGAGGCGAGAGGGCGAAAGAAAGCGUGAUUUUUGCGCCUCCCUCGAGGGGCGAUUCAACCGCAGGGCUAACAUUCCAAAGAUGAAGAUUCUCAUUUACGCGCUCACAUUCCUUGGCUACGCGUACAGCGGCUACGGCUCCGGCACCCUGAACAACCUGAGAGACGCUGUGCUCGCCGCCGAGACCGUUUUCCAGGAUGUCCUGGGCAACGUCGUGACACUCGCCCGUCGCUUCAGGGACAUCCACAGCGUGUUCGACGCUGCCGUCGAGGAAACGUGCACCUUCAAGUGUGAAACUGGCGGAGCUGCUGUUCGAAAUCGAUAUCAUGUUCCAAACUCUGAUGGCUGUGGAUCGCUGGGUGUUAAGAUUGAUGAAGAGUACCUGCCUGUCGCUGAAAUGACCGACUGCUGCAACCAGCACGACAUCUGCUACGAUACAUGCAACAUCGAGAAGGAAAAGUGCGACUUUGAUUUCAAGAGGUGCUUGUACAAAAUAUGUGAAGCUCACGAGAACAUGGGAGCACCGUUUGUAAAAGGAUGCAAGGCUGCUGCUAAGAUGCUGUUCACUGGCACGAUGACCCUAGGCUGCAAAUCUUACAUGGACAGCCAGAAGGAAGCGUGCUACUGCAUGCCACCCAAGAACAACAAAUACAACAAGUACACCACUGGUGCCGACAAGAAAGAAUUGUGAUUCGACUGGAAAAUGCGUGUCUCUAUCUCUACAGACCUAGUCAAUUAAACUGUGUGCAGCUGAUCCGAUUUUGAGAGACGUGUGCAGUUCUGUAUUUUGGUAAUUUUUUGUAAAUCAAAUAAACCUAUGAUUAGUUUUUGAAAUUGA